AUGCCGCAUUCGGCAGAUGUGGAGAGUGGACGCAGCCGUUGGCUUCUUGGGAUAAUCCCAUGUUUUCGCUUGGUUUGCCAACCAGUCCAUGUCAUGGUCACAAGUUCUGGCUAUGUGCUUCUGGCAGCACUCUUGCCAUGGAUGGUUUGCAGCGUUCGAGGGAUACUGGAACCUGAAGGCUCAGAUCCCGAGGAGGUGCCUAAAGAUGAGGAUCGCUUGGAGUGCCUUCGGCAAGACAACUUGGACCUCGUCGGGGACGCGGACUUCGCCCGCCGCUACAUCCUGCGCCAGGUCGUAGGGGUCAAUGAAGACGACACCAACAGUGACAUUUACCUCUUUGCUGACAAGUUUCGCAUCAGCCGAGUGCAGGCCGAGUUAAAGUUAAGUCGAACCGGUGCAGAUGCUUUGGCAUUCGAGCUCGUGGGGAGCAACUCUACUGAGAAGCAUACUGGACUUGGCAGUGCAGACAUGCGGAUCCGAGAGUUCCAGCUCGUGACCCAAAGCUCAGUGAUCAGUUGUGCUACAAGUUUGGCUUCGAGAAUCGCAUCGGAUUGCGACGACCCAGAAGAGCAGCAGGCCACCGUCCUUUUUCAACUCGCCGGGACGAUACGUGCAAAGAAGCACAAAGGUCGCUGGGAAGCGGACAUCGUCACGAAGGAGGUGCGCUACUUCAGUUUCGGCUUUCAGAACAAAAAAGUCCUUGCAUUCGCCCUCAGCUGGCUUCCAAGUCCCAUAGAGGACGAGAUCAAGAACCAACUUUUUGAAUUGGUUGAAACGACCAUUCCGAUCAACCUCCUGGCCUCACUGCAGUUUCUGCCGCGGGAGGACCACUGGCUGACCGGGAGCAUGAAGCUGCUCGGGAACAUGACAGAAGCGAACGGCCCUCUCAAGGUGUGGUCUUCAUUGGACUUCACUGCACACACCGUUCCCGCAAGGAUUCCCGGCAUCCUGAACAAGACUUUCACCGUCGAGGAACUCGCGACUGCCCUCCUGUCUGACCCCAAGCUGGCACGGGCAUUGAGCAACUUGAUCGAGAACCUUCCCCAGUUCAGAUAUGUGAUCGGCGACAGGCUUAAGUCCGUCAUGGAGGAGGUGAACUACAAGUCCUCUCGAUCCGCCCGGAUGGAGCAAGUCAGGAAGAUCAGCCGCGAGCUGUCCGUCCAAUUCUUGCAGCCCUUCUUGAAGGCUCACAUGGUGGGGACGAAAGCCGCCGACCUCCGGGGUCUCAAUGCGCAUCUCGGUGGUGGCGUUAGCUGGAAUGCCUCCGACAACGGCCUUGCCAGGGCGAGCUUCCAUCCCAAAGAGCUCAAGCUGCGCGCGGGAUCAGGUGAGGAUGGAAAUCCACUGUACAGCCUCGCGCAAGCCCCGCUUGGACUACUGGAAGAGCUUGCACUCAACGAGUUGCUUCCGAAGCUGCCGGCAGAGGGCGAGUUGGCAGAAGUAGAGUUCAAGGCUCUCGAAUACAACUCGAAUGACAUUUCCUUGGCCCUUGCCGCAAUUCGCAACUGGGCACAGAAACCCGAUGCAAGCAUGAAUUCAACAGCGAAGUGGCAGGUCAUAGUGGCAGAGGCGAAGGCUAUUGCCUUGAGGCUUCCGCAGGCAUUGUCUCUACCGUUUGCUAUCUCCUGCAUGGGUGGCAAGAUCACGAUCGACCAUUCUGGCAGGAUCCAAUUGUUGAGUGGCCGAAGUGGAGUCGAAGUCAGCCAGACACGGCCCAUGUAUCGGCCCGUCAGAGAAGGAGCGCAGCGUGUCUCCGGCUCCGGGCAAUUGGGGGACGAGGGAUGGGACAAGCGUUUGCCCACGGAGUUUCAGCGACCGACGAGUAGUCAGUUGGACAUGACCGUGGUGGACGGAAUAGACCAGGUAGCUGGAAGUGUGAGUUUAGAUGUUGUCGGGGAGGCCAAGGGAAGCUUGCAAAUCAAGAUCGGUGGAACACUCCAGAUGACCUUGGACGUCAAGUCCGUCAUGGCUUCUGCUCUGGCAGGCUUACCUACCGAGGAUUUCGGAUAUGCUUUCUUUGCAGAUGAGUUCGAAUUUUACAAGUCCGAUUAUCAGUCGCGCCAGGUCAUGGCAGUGUUGAGCUGUGGGUACCUUCGUUUGUUGGAGUGGCCACUGCGAAUUGAGCCGUUGAAAAGGCUGGACAUGAACAGUGGGCAGAGGCAGUACGACUUGACGAAGUUGAGGGGCUAUCCAACCCUUGAGAAAGAUCCACAGCUGGGAACAUGUUUGGUUGUACAUUACACAAAGGAAGACUGUUUUUUUAGCUGUGAUAAAACGGAGCGUUUAUGUGGUGAAGCAGACAAGGCAGAAGCCCUCUACAAGGCUAUAAAGCUACAAAUGCACCGAUUCGAACACGGCAUGAAAGUCCACGAGUCCCAAGCCGUGAAGUGGAGAUUUGGCACACAUGUAGUGGGAAAGCCACAUUUCGUGCUUCCGCAGGAUACCGUACAGGCAAACCUUCAGACAGUAAUGAAAAUGCACACCUGGAGCAAGACACGGGGUGGCUCCAGCCACCCCGCGCUGCUUGAAGCUGCGGCCGCCUCGAGGAUCAGUUCUUUCGUGGCUGAAGGCAGCGAAGUCGCAAUCGCUCGGCAUGCAAAUACAGUGGAAGAGGAGCGCCGCAUGGAGACACCUACCGAGAAGGGCAGCUUCGAGUCCAAGGCUUGCCGUGCGCAAGAGGAGCUGGAUUCCAUCCGCUAUCCACCGGAGAAGUAUGGCAAUGCCUCGAUGCGCAUGGUCAUACCGGCAACUCCGAUUGGUGAUGUGCAUCUCCUCAUCGAGAAGAUCCAGGUCGUAAGCUUUGACAUUGUAGGAAGUCUUGUCCGCAACAGCGACACGACCUUCUCCUUCGAGCUUGGGGGCAGCGAUGGGCCUGGAACCGUGGACAUCUAUGUUCAAGGAAUCAAGUUCAAGGCACCGGACUCUGCACUCCCGGGCAUCGCGAAGGCGGCUAGUGCCGAUAGCCUCGAGGAGGGGCCUUUGAAGGCGACCCUGAAGAUGAAGGGGGAGUUCAAGCUGAGCGAAGGUGCUUUUGUCUAUCUAGGAAGUCAGCUGAACCUUGUUUUCCCGCCUUAUCCCGCCUUCCCCAUGAGCCGAUGGUUCCAGCAUCCAUGCUCCAAGAGUGCUUCUGGUUUCAUUCUUUUCGCCUUGCAGCUCGCAGUUUUGGCAUCUGCUAACCAGUGGACAUUACUGUUUCCGCUGGGCACGCCAGCCGCGCGCAGUGGACACACGAUGGUCUGGGAUCCCGGCGCAGACGACGGAGGCUUCUGGAUGUUUGGCGGGGAGCUUUUACUCAGCAUCAAGUCCAACAACCUGUACUUCUACAAUGCAGCUUCAAACCUCUGGACGCAGAAAGCCUCCGGCCCUGCGGCUAGAUACCGCCAUUCUGCAGUGUUGGACCCCACGGCAAGAACCUUGUACAUCUUUGCAGGCACGAAUCUGGCCUCCGCUGGCAACACCUUUAACGAUCUCCAUCUCUAUGAUGUGCAACUGGACUCCUGGACCGAGCUUACAGGCACUGCCGGGCGGUCAAGGCACACGGCGGUGUGGGACAGCACCAGCGAUCGGAUGAUCGUGUUCGGGGGCUUGGACAAUAUGCUGAACAAGCUGAAUAGCCUCGCUGAGUACGACCGGGUCACAGACAGCUGGUCCAGCCCGGCGGCUGCGGGCCCGGUAGCGCGCGACGGUCACGUGGCCGUCUGGGAUCCUGCUACCGGCAGUAUGCUGAUGUGUUGCGGUGCCUCCUCUGCGGCAACCCUCGGUGAUCUGUGGAGCUAUAACGGCGCCUGGAGCCAGCUUGCUCCAUCAGGCAGCAUCACGGCCCGGAGGUACGCCUCUGCAGUUUGGGAUCCUCAGGCCGGGGCCUUGCUGGGCUUUGCUGGUUCUGGCGGUUCCAGGCUGGACUCCUUGUUCUUGUAUUCUGCAAGCGCCAACAGCUGGAGCGAGUACACUGAGACGGGCCCUCCUGCGCAAGACAGAGGUGCAGUGGCCUGGGAUCCCGUGAACGGGCGCCUCUACGCCUUUGGUGGCUACUAUAAAGACAACUGGCUUGGCCUGUUGGGUUCGCUGUGGAGGUUCGAUGCAUCUCCUACGUCCACGACCAGCACGAGCUCCGCAGACGUCCACCACACGAAGCACCGUUUCAUCAACCUCCACAUCCUCGACCUCCAAAUCCUCUACCUCCACGAGUGCAUUUUUCACAUCUUCCACCGAAACGAGUUUGACAACUACAUCCGGAACCACUACUGUCACUACCGCCACGCUGACGACAAUAACCCAGACAUCUUCAACAGCUUCGACCUCAACAGCCACGUCCGUGACUUCGUCUUCCACUUCAGCGACGACGUCGACUGCAACCGCCACUUCCGUGACAACCUCUUCCACCAGCCUAAUAUGGAUCUGCUGUUGACCGACCUUGACCGCUCGGAAGAAGAGGUUGCCAGGCAGUUGGUAGCCCAGCUCGGCAACAGUUCCAACUCGACCGGUAUUCUGGGCAGCCUCCUCACCCAGUCUGACUUGGCGACCACGCAGACUCUGGCCUUGGAUAGCGUGACGAUCUCCAGCCAGAGCCGCAACAUCACUGUGCUGAGUGAGAAUGCUACGGUGGAGGUUCCUGCAGGGGUCGUUGCCCAGGCUGCCAGUGCUGCUAGUGUUGGAAGUGGCCUGGUGGUGUUGAGCAUCUCGGUUGGCUCCUCAGAGCUACGUGGCGGGUUCGAUGGCGCCAGCGGGGCAGCCGAGGGCGGAAGCGCGCAGUGUGCCUUCUGGGACGAGGAGACAUCCGCCUGGUCGUCUACAGGCUUGCGUCGGCUCGCCUAUCAAGACGGUGAGCUAAUCUGCCAGACCUCCCACCUCACUGUCUUUGGGGCGGUGCUCGAUGUACUGCUCCAGGUGAUCCGGUGCUCCACCGCCUCGCAAGUCCUGUCUGCGGAGGGCUUCGCCAAUUUCGGCAAAGGCACGUGGACUGGCCGGUCGCCGACCGUCGUUGCCUUCAUCGCUGUCUUCGUUUUCGUCCUUCUGUUGUUCUAUGCCCUACGCCUUGAUGCAAAGCGAGCGCUCUCAAGGGAGGAGGUGGAGGCAGCUUUGCUCGUUGAGCUCGAGGAGGACACUCCUCGCGAGUUCGAUAACAGUGACGAAGAGGAAGCAGAA